GAGUAGGCAUCCACGGUGUAGCCGCAGCUGGCGAGGAUCGCCAGGGUCAGGAUCGCCAUCCUGUUGCUCAUCGAUGACAAGCCCAUAGCUGGAAAAACUACCGUGACCUGCUAGCGACAUGGCCUACAGCUCGGAAAUGGCCAAGAGGGCACUGGCCCUCGAGUACAAACGCCUUCAGGACCAGAUGGUGGAGGGCUUCACCGUGGCCCUGGUCGAUGAGAACAACCUAUUCGAAUGGGCGGUGGGUAUCUACGGGCCGCCCGACACCCUGUACGAGGGCGGCUACUUCAAGGCGCGAAUGAAGUUUCCCCCCGACUACCCGUACUACCCGCCCACACUGUGCUUCGAGACCAAGGUGUGGCAUCCCAACGUGUAUACCAGCGGGAUGCUAUGCAUCUCGAUACUGCAUCCACCCACUGACGACUCCGUCGGCGGAGAAUUGCCGUGCGAGCGCUGGAAUCCCGCCCAGAGCGUUCGCACCAUUCUCCUGUCGGUUAUUUCGCUCUUGAACGAGCCGAACACCAUGUCCCCUGCUAAUGUGGAGGCCGCUGGCAUGUAUAGGCGCUGGCGGGAGAGCAGGGGCGAGGAUACGGAGUACGAGGACAUAGUCCGUCAGCAGGCGUUGGAGUCAAGCGAGGAGGCACGCCUCAAUGGCAUCUUCGUACCAAGGACCCGUGAGGAGUAUAUCCAGAAUUCGCAGGAGCCGCAGGAGCCGCAAGAGCCGAAGGAGGAGCCAGAGGAUAAAGACGAUAUGGAUUAUAACAUCUACUUCGACGGCCAUACUGUGGACAUCAUGGACAUCAUGGACAUCAUAGUCAUCGAUGACGACGAAGAGGGUGAAGAGCCCGGAGCACAGGCUGCCAUAAAGGAGGAGCAGUUAUAGACACUAAAAAAUUGCACUUAAUGCCGUGUGAGCAAGGACACGCCUCGUCCUUAACAGUUAACCGUAAAUUGAGGAAAUGGAAAAGUAUGAAAACGCUGAUACCGAGCCAAGAAGAACAGUACACCCCCAGACACGAGAGCUACAAUUUCAACACUUUACCGUUGUGAUGCCGCGUUCUUGCUAGAUUCUAGCAGAACGGGCACACUGUUCGCCGAGCUUAGGUCACACUGGAGGCAUAUAAACACGUUUUAUGCUCACACUAGUAAUAUGUAUCGUGAAAUGAAUCUAAAUGGAUCCCCUUCGGAUCGUGUUAAGCUCGAUGGUCCACAGUUUAUGACGGAAAUUAAUGGAUUUUGAUGGAAACUGAAGAAUUCUAUAUCGCUGAGAAAUUUUGAAAGUUACUACAGAGUUUAGAAGCCUACGAUAAGACGUAGUACGGCAAUGUUCAAGUUGAGCUGUUGAAUUUGAAUGAUGCUGAUGUAGGAUAAUACUGAUGAAAAAUUUGGAAGUUAAUGUUACUUAUGUCAACACUAUACAUCCGUCAAGUCAAUGGUUUAUAGAUCUCGACCAUUGAACUGACCACUAUGAUUCUCAAAAUGAUUCUGACGAUGGACACACUCUCUUGUUACCCUUAAGCCUCACUAGCUUAGCUCACUAGUUGCAACAUAAUGGGACAUAAUGUUUUGUUGAUCGCCAUUAUGUUGCAAUUUGAUGAUUUGAUAUCUCUGCAAACCUGAUCUUCUCACUGUCAACACUGGAGCGGAAAACUAAGUCAACACUAUUACACAAAGGUCAAUCCUCGACCACAAAUCAAGAUACACUGUUAUUAUUCUCGCAAUGAUAAUAUUAACAAGAAGCGUUUUCAAGACAACCCCGAAAUAGGAAGCAACUGCUGUUUGGCUUUCUUUUCUACACUUGUAAUGAUUUUCUAGAAAUGUUUGAAUAUCACAUGUGAUGUGUUUGUACAGAGCCUGUUUGCUUUCGCCAGUAAAUAUACACUACACACUUAA